GGUGAGUGAGCGACGGCUCGGUUGGGCUAGACGGCGCCCCUGCCCGGUCCGGUCCCGGCUCCGUCCCGACCCGGCUCCGCUGUCGAGCCCCCCGCGGUGGCGGAGGCGCGGUCGCUCUGCGAGGCUCCAGGCCAGGCCCUUUGACGGGGGAGUUGGGGGGGGGGCUGAAGCAUGAACCCCCACCCGCGGCGCAUCCGCCUGAAGCCCUGGCUGGUGGCCCAGGUGAACAGCGGCCAGUAUCCGGGUCUGCGCUGGGUAGACGCGGAGCAGAAGCGGUUUUGCAUCCCCUGGCGCCACGCCACUCGGCACGUGCCCUGCCAGGAUGACGAGAACACCAUCUUUAAGGCCUGGGCCAAAGAGACGGGCAAAUACAACGAGGGCGUGGACGAGCCGGAUCCGGCCAAGUGGAAGGCCAACCUGCGUUGCGCCCUCAACAAAAGCCGGGAGUUCAGCCUGAUCUACGACGGGACCAAGGACACGCCCAUGCAGCCCUACAAGAUUUACGAGGUCUGCGAUGCACCCCUGCCCAACGGAGAGAGCUUUGCUGGAGAAGAGCUGGUGGGAUGUGAAGAAGAGGAAGAGCUGCAGAAAAUGAUGCCCACCUUGAGAAUCGCAGAUCCGUCGCACGUGGCAGAACCCCUGCCCCCCUACCCGUGGCUCAAGCAAGAGAACCUCUACGCCAACCCGUGCGCCAAGGGGACCUUCCCUCACUUGGAGGUGGGGCCUGUACCCCCGGCACCGGCGCCCGUGGGGGCCUUCGCAGUAGGAGGGGAGCCUCCGGUGCCCAGCUUUGCCGAAUCUGCGAGCCGGAUGUCGCUGGUGCCGGAGAACAUGUCCAUGCCAGGCGGCCUGGCGCCUCUGCCCCCGGGGGAGUGUCCGGUAGCGCCCGUGGAGCAGUUCAUCCCGAAUUUAUUGAUCAGCCCUCACAUGCUGCCACUGACCGACCUGGAGAUCAAAUUCCAGUACCGCGGACGUCCGGUGGGGGCCCUGACCAUCAGCAACCCCCAGGGCUGCCGCCUCUUCCACAGCCACCUGGAGCCCACCCAGGAGCAGGUAGAACUCUUCGGCCCGGUGACGCUGGAGCAGGUCCGCUUCCCCAGCGCCGAGGCCGUCCCCAACGAGAAGCAGCGCUACUACACCCACCAGCUACUCGACGUCCUGGACCGGGGUCUGAUCCUGGAGCUGCAAGGCCAGGACAUUUACGCCAUCCGCUUGUGCCAAUGCAAAGUCUUCUGGACCGGCCCGUGUGCCGGACAGCUGCCCGGGCCCAACCCUAUCGAGCGGGAGAAGAAGGUCAAGCUUUUCAGCCUGGAGAAUUUCCUCAACGGACUCAUUCUGUUCCAGAAAGGCCAGAGCCCGACACCGCCUCCCUACGAGAUAUUCUUCUGCUUUGGGGAAGAAUGGCCCGAUCGGAAGCCCAAGGAGAAAAAACUCAUCACGGUCCAGGUGGUCCCCGUAGCCGCCCGGCUCCUUUUGGAAAUGUUUUCCGGAGAGUUGUCCUGGUCGGCCGACAGCGUCCGCCUGCAGAUCUCGCACCCGGACCUCAAGGACAAGAUGGUUUCGCAAUUCAAAGAACUGCAUCAGCUCUGGCAAAACCAGCAAGGCAUGCAGGUCGCCCAGCUGGAGCCGGGGGGACCCAGCAGCUGGGAAAUGCAGACCGGGGGCAACAGCAUGCAGCAGUGAGACGCCAGCGGACCAGCCCCUCCCCUUCCUCAAAGACCCCAUCCGGUGGGAUUUGGACAGCCAGGACCGUCUCUAAUCGGCCUGACGGGAAGGGGUCGCAAACCCCUUCCAAGGAAAUGGCUCCCCGUGACACGCGGAGCCUGUUUUAGGGAAGUCCAUGGGCACCCCAGAGGUCACUUAGAAGAGGAGGAGGGCUGGGCAGUCUCUCCUGCUGCAAAAAAGGAGAGAAGCCAGGAGUCGUCGUUUGGGGUCAACAUGGAAAGAAAAACUUGAACUCUGAACCAAACCUGGCUUCGGUUCGGAAGAAACGCGCUCCCGCUUUCUCGCCAGGACUGACGGCUAGAAGACCGGGAUUAAGAGUUUUGGGGUCCCUGCUGGUUUGUAGGUUUGGGCCCCGGAGAAGGAAAAAAACCUGGCAGCCGAAAUGAGGACCGUCUCCCACCCCUCCUUAUUCUCGGCCCUUCCGCCAUUGUGUCCAUCGCAACGAAACACAGAAGCCUUCACGACUCAAAAUGUUUUAUCUUUUUAAGCGGAAAAUAUCCUCAACGGAGAAGUUGGCACAAGGACAAGGCAACUUUGAAAAGAAAGAGGACCGUGGUUUAAAAAUUCCCAGGAUCCAGAACCCCAGAGCCUUUCAAGGCUGUGGCUGCGUUUUUUAAGUUCCCUCUUAGAAGGUGUUCCAUAAAAUCCUAGGGCUGGGAGGGACCUCAGAGGCCUUCUAGUCCAACCCCCUGCUCAAGCAGACCCUGCGCCAUCGUGUCCUCCUGACUCAUCCCUAUUUUGGAACCCUUUCCCCUAGAGCAGUGUUUCUCAACCUUGACAAUUUUAAGGCAUGUGGACUUCAACUCCCAGAAUUCCACAGCCAGCAUUGCUGGCUGUGGAAUUCUGGGAGUUGAAGUUCACAUGCCUUAAAAUUGUCAAGGUUGAGAAACACUGCCCUAGAGGUUCCGGUUUAAGAGCAACCAUCUAGUUCAGGGGUAGGCAACCUUGGCUCUUUUAUGACUGGUGGACUUCAACUCCCAGAAUUCCUGAGCCAGCCGUGCUGAGGGGAAAGGGAGAGGUUUCCAAGCUGAGCCAUGCUGGC